GGCAGCUGUAUAAAAGUCAGCCCUGAAAGCCUAGGGUGACAUUUUUUUGCCAAAAGCCAGGCAGUAUGGACCUCACUCUUCUGUGGGUACUUCUGCCACUGGUAACCACAGCCUGGGGCCAGUACGGGGACUACGGGUACCCAUAUCAGCAGUACCACGACUACAGUGAUGAUGGCUGGGUGAAUCUGAACCGGCAAGGCUUCAGCUACCAGUGUCCCCAUGGGCAAGUGGUGGUAGCCGUGAGGAGCAUCUUUAGCAAGAAGGAAGGCUCUGACAGACAAUGGAACUAUGCCUGCAUGCCCACACCCCAAAGCCUUGGGGAGCCCACGGAAUGCUGGUGGGAAGAAAUCAAUAGGGCUGGCAUGGAAUGGUACCAGACUUGCUCCAACAAUGGACUGGUGGCCGGCUUCCAGAGCCGCUACUUCGAGUCAGUACUGGACCGGGAGUGGCAAUUUUACUGCUGUCGCUACAGCAAGAGAUGUCCAUAUUCCUGCUGGCUGACAACAGAAUAUCCAGGCCACUAUGGAGAAGAAAUGGACAUGAUUUCCUAUAACUAUGACUACUACAUGCGAGGAGCAACAACCACUUUCUCUGCGGUGGAAAGGGAUCGCCAAUGGAAGUUCAUAAUGUGCCGGAUGACCGAUUAUGACUGCGAAUUUGCAAAUGUUUAGAUUUGCCACCUACAGAAAUCCGGGUAGUGGGCAAGGGGCCAGGCACCCCGGGGGUUUCGUGUCAUAUAGGCUAGUGUUGAUUAGAACAGUUCUUCCUUUUGCUCUCUUCCCUGACAUGGGAGCCUCGGUGUCGGCUGCCUGGGCCUUUCUCACCACGAUCACACAUAUAAAUAAAUCCACAAUUAAGUCAUGUUUCUCACUUUCAACACUUUCCAUAAUGACCAUCUCCACUUGCUGAUGGUGACUUCCUUGCAUACCACAUAUACAGGGCCCGCAUGCUCGCAGCCUGCCGCACAGAGAGAGCACCUGCCAAGGUCUGGCUGCUGUUCUCACUAUAAAUUCAGCUUAGUGAACUUGGAGAGAGAGAGAGAAAGGAAGAGUUGAGAGAAGUGAGAGAAAGGUGCUCUACAGUUAAGUCUGUUUGAGCGACAACACCCAGAGACCUCCCCUGGGAUGGGGAGGCACACUCUCUUUUGAGGGAACAUACCCACUCUCUCCUUCCACAGGAGCCACACGUACUUGGAAGUAAGAUCCAAGUAAAGAUCCAUGGAAGAGAGGUGACUUGGAGGUGAAAGGGGGAGGUGGGAGGGUUUGAGGACCGAGCUGAGAUGUUAGGCUGAAGGAACUUCCUCAAUUCAGAGACAUAUGUCAAUAUACUCAAUAAUGAAAAUGAAUAUGAUGGUCAGGGGAACCUGUGAGAAUCAGUCUCAAGAUAGAAACAAUGAAAGAUAAGAGGAUGGGACUCAGAUUAGGAACUUGGGGAGACAAGAGUGACCAGGAGAAAAGGGAUCUUGGGCCAUCAGCAGCUUGAAACAUGCCCAAUAUUCUUAGGAAGGCUGGCAUACCCCCACAAGCCGUGGGGGAGCUGCUGGCACAUAUCUGAACUGGUCCUGAAGGAUCCACCUCCCUUUUCCCUGAGCUUGGAAGUGAAUUCUGCAGGGAUGACACUCUCUUUCUUUCUCCAGUGAUAUCUCUAUCCCUAGCCACUUGUACCUUCUUCUUCACAAUAAAAAAUAAAUGUAUCAAUAUUCACUGCGAUACCAAUA